AUGUCAGCUUCACCUUCAAGUUCGCACGCGACCCAGACCGGUCGCCCUUCGCUAUGGAGUGACUCGGCCGAGCGCAGACUGGCUAGACUCUAUGUCUACACGACUCUACCUCUCACCAAGAUCGUCGAAGUCGUUCACAAAGCGACUCCGGGGAACCGAGACUGCCCAGGGAAGGAUUCCGCCAACAAGAAGCUCAAUUCGAUUCUCGACAAAGAGCCACGAUGGCUUCACCCGCGAACCCGAACAGACAUGGAUCGGCGGAUAAGCGCCCUUGAUAACUCUCCAACUCGCCAGAACACGCCCGAGAACGCAUUUUCGCCAAAUUACUCCCGUUCGAUUUCCUCUGGCGCCCGAUCGCAUCUAAGCGCACAUCCCGAUUUCAAAUACGAAGCCAGCAAUAGCCCAACAGUCAACGACUUUCAACCCUUUUACCAUUCACGCUCCUCUUCUGCCGGAUGGGGCCCGCCGGCCCCGGGGCCGCUUCCGACCUUGGUGACCGCCGAUAUUGCGUCCGUGCCGCCACCCGAAACCGGGAUACACCGGCAGACUACGACACAGACUCUGCAAGACGUGCUUUCACAGUAUUCAACUGGAUUCCGUCAUCAAGUCAGUAGGUUGUUGAAGCGUUACACGAUGCCCAGCAACACGAUGAUGAAUCAAUCACCGACGAACGAAGACCGACCUGGCACUGCCAACUCCAACCCAGCAUCGUGGAUAUUCGAGUAUAACGCGCCGCAAAGAAACUCGGAAUCACAAGCCACACCCCUUCCCGGCGACUAUCUCAACCUGCCAUCUCACCUCCUUCAACAAGGCUUUUGCUCUGAAGGGCUUCCGGAGCAUGAUUCGCGAUCUUGCUUCUGCCACAUCCGAGACGAGCUCCCGAACGGCUCUUGGGUCACCGACUCAGGCCCAACCCCGUACGCGCAACACGUCCUGCAAUGUGGAGAGCCUCCGAACAAGGAUUGGAAUGCUCGCGAUCCCUUUGGCCAUAGCAUCUUACACCUUCUUGCAGCUGGGAACGCCCACCACGCCCUCUUGUUUAAAGCAAUCGAGUCGUCCCCUAACCCAUCGGCAACCAAUAGCGCCGGCCAGACAUUUUUGCAUCUGCUCAACGACAGCUGGUUUACAAAACACGCCGAUUCUCUCUUCCAACUCAUCGCCUAUUUGAAGCGAUCCGAUUUCGACCUGUAUGCCCGUGAUGUCUACGGACGCAACUUCUGUCACAUUAUCCACUCAAAGAAGCCGAAUGUUUUGAGCCUAGAGAUGAAAAACACCCUUCUUAACCAAUUUAACCCUAUGGCUUAUUGCUGUCGCGACGCAUUUGGCAAUAUCCCCGAGUGUGCUCCUAUCGCACUGCCAAUUCGGAGAGCCUAUACCGCUGCUGUCGGGCAAGAGAUGUCCUCGACCUGGGAUUCUCAUACGUUGCGCAGGGCCCCAACUCCGAUUGAGGAACAAGCCCAACUUCUGAAGCUUGUUAACGAAGCACACACCAACGCCCGAGUGCAAGAUACACAAGGUCGCAACGGUCUGCACUGUCUUGCCGAUGCUAUCCUCAGUCAGGAGUCAUUAUUCGCCAAGUUCCCACAACAUCUUGCACAAGCAGCUCCCACAGAGCAGUCAGGCGGCGGCAGCAGCCGCAAGCGCAAACACAACAAGCCUAGCAAAUCGCUCACAGACUCCUCAAAGGAGAGGCUUACUGCCAGGGAGAAGGUCGUCAGAGACCUCAUCGACUUCGGCGUUGACGCAAACCACUACGACAAAUACGGCAACACGGUGCUGAUGGCUUUCGUGGCUCAGCUCCCCGAAGACGACGACUAUAAGAAGCCCGUCAACAUCUUGGAGGCUCUCAUCGAAGCGGGUGCCGACGUCAACGCCCGUAACAAGAAUGGCGAGACCGCGCUUCAUGUCGCAGUUCGUAGAGGCAAAAAGCUGGCCAUGCGUACACUUCAACAACACAACGCAAACGUACAAGCCCGUGACGUGGAGGGUCGGAGUGUGCUUGAUGUCGCCGACCGAAUGGUGACGUCUUAUAAGCAGAACCCUCACUUCUCACAUUACGAGGCUUGCCAUGCUUGGCUCUCAGGGCAAGCGAAGGCAGUUCAAUACCCUACAAUACCCCAAGAAUGGGAACUGCGAGACUCAUGA